UCAAAAUGAAUCUAGACAGGGGAAACGGCUACCACUUCCACAAUGUCAAACUUCGUGACACGUGUUUUUAUUUUUGUACUUAAUUUAAGGUUAGGUCUACAAUCACACUUUAAAAAUAUACGUUUUAGAAAUAGGCGGGGUUUCUGACUUUGUGGCUAUGGUAACUAGUGAGUCGCUAAAGCGUGAUGAGCCAACCCGGAUAACGCUGUGCCAAUUAUGGGACUUCCGAUUACGGCCGGUUGUGACAUUUACACAACCCUGGUCAGUUGUGACGCCUCUAGCGCUGCAGUGCCUUAGCUGCGGAGUCGGUGAUUUCCGAGAUUCCAGUUGUUUUGAACGCGAUAUUAGCUGCCUGCAGACGAUUGUGCCUGACUAGAAAUACAGGAACUUUGCAGAGAUGAUCAACAGCCUGUUCUUGAUCAACCCUUCGGGGGAGAUCUUCCUGGAGAAGCACUGGAAAAGUGUGGUCAGUCGGUCGGUGUGUGACUACUUCCUGGAAGCCAAAGAGAAGGCUCUGGAACCUGAGGACGUUCCACCUGUCAUACACACCCCUCAUCACUACCUCAUCAGCAUCUACAGGGACAAGCUGUUCUUCCUCUCUGUCAUCCAGACUGAGGUUCCUCCGCUGUUUGUCAUUGAGUUCCUGCACCGCGUCGCAGAGAUGAUCCAGGACUACUUUGGGGAGUGUUCGGAGACAGUAGUCAAGGACAACAUGGUGAUGGUGUAUGAGCUGUUGGAAGAGAUGCUUGACAACGGGUUUCCCCUGGCAACCGAAUCUAACGUCCUCAAAGAGAUGAUCAGACCACCCACCAUCCUCAGAUCUGUUGUCAACACACUGACAGGGACCAGUAACGUUGGAGACACGUUGCCAACUGGUCAGCUGUCGACCAUCCCGUGGAGGCGGGCCGGAGUGAAGUACACCAAUAAUGAAGCUUACUUUGACGUGGUGGAGGAGAUUGACGCUAUCAUGGACCAAUCAGGUACAACAGUGUUUGCCGAGAUCCAGGGCGUGGUCGAGGCGUGUGUCAAGCUGUCUGGUAUGCCCGACCUCACACUCUCCUUCAUGAAUCCUCGUCUCCUUGACGAUGUGAGUUUCCACCCAUGUGUUCGCUAUAAACUCUGGGAAUCUGAGCGCGUCCUCUCCUUCAUUCCCCCUGAUGGGAACUUCACCCUAAUGACCUAUCACGUCAAUGCACAGAAUCUUGUAGCCAUCCCAGUGUAUGUGAAGCAGAGCAUCAGUUUCUUUGAGUGUGGUUCUGAUGGCCAUCUGGACGUGACCGUUGGACCGAAGCAGACCAUGGGGAAGACGGUCGAAGGGGUGAUGGUCACGGUCCACUUGCCCAAAACUAUCCUCAGCAUCAAUCUGACUGCCACACAGGGCAGUUACACAUAUGACAAUGGUACAAAGUUGUUGGUGUGGGACAUUGGAAAGUUGAACCCACAGAAGCUUCCUAACUUGCGAGGUAGUCUGAGUCUGCAGGCUGGAGCCCCCAAACCAGAGGAGAACCCCAGUCUGAACAUCGACCUGAAGAUACAGCAACUUGCAAUAUCAGGACUGAAGGUGAACAGGCUGGAUAUGUUUGGUGAGAAGUACAAGCCUUUUAAAGGGGUUAAAUACAUCACCAAGGCUGGGAAGUUCCAGGUGCGGACUUGAAGAGUGAAACCUAAAGGUCAUAGGUCAACUAGCCAACGUGCCUAAUGCUCUGGGUCAAAGGUCAACUCUUAGACACGCUGGCUGUCAAAUAUUAUGCUCUCUAUUUGUAGUUCAGAGCCAUGAUCGGUCCAUUAUGACAAAUGUCUGAAACUUGUAAAAAGAUUCACGUCACAGCAGACUGUUGUGGCUCUGCAACAGCAAACUGAAUUGAGCUUUUACAUGCCCAGUGUCAACCCUCCUACCUUAUGCCUUUUAUACCCCGAUACUCCUUCUAUAUUAGGGACAGAGCCUGUAUUAAAUAACUUUGUUGUUUAUUUAAAUGUUUAUUAUUUGGAUGGAAUGGAGUUGUUGGUCUGCGAAGGGAAUUGAUUUGGACAAUCAACCUAUUAUUUCUCCUGUAUCUGGAAUUAAAUAACCUCUACGGAAUCUCACUGUGUUCCGGCAGAGCCCACCUCUCGCUCUCUGUCUCUCUUGCUCACUCAUCUCCCCUCUUUCUAUCUUCUAUUUCUCUGCUUUAGCAGGUAAAGAUUUAAUAUCUAGUUUUAUAUAAAGCAUAUUUUUUGACCAUUUUAUGACUAAUAACCCUCUAAUGCUGAGUAACUGCAACCAUGAGUGGAAUCUCAUUUGGUCAUACAUGGUGUUAAUUAAUAUACAGGCUAACAAUUACUGCAAGUAUUAAUAAAUAUACAUAAAGUCACUACUGCAUUUUAUUUGCCGUUCUCACCAGGGCCUUUUCGUUGUCCUAAUGUUAUUUUGCCUACAACCUUCCCACAACCUUUUGGGAAUGGUGCAGGGUAGUUGCAUGGCUUUGGAACAUUGUCAGCACAGUUAAAGAACUUGACAAAAAAACA